CCUCCCUACUAUCUCAUUCAUCCCCUAGCUCCUCUCUCUUAUCACCAUUUUCUCUCUCUAAAACAAAAACCUCAUGAUAUUCAAUUCGAAAAAUCUCUCUAUAUGAAACACAUCACCCUGUUACGCCGUGUUCGUCUUGCUCAAUCAUUAUCUGUUGUUCUUCUCUACUGGUUUUACGUUUUCUCAUAAUCAAACUAAUUAAACCGCGAUUUAUUUUUUUUAAUCUUUUUUAAUAAUUUUAAAUUUUCCAAUGGCGGCGUCAAACAACUCAAGCGACGACGGAAUAACAAUCACCGUGGUUAGCUCAGGAUCUUCAGAAGGAUGCAGCGAGUUACCGAUCGACGACGAGAGGAAGCGUCGGAGGAGAGAUUCGAACCGCGAAUCGGCUCGGAGGUCGAGGAUAAAGAAGCAGGAACACCUCGAUGGUCUGCUGAAGCAAAUCGGUUACCUGAUAAGACAGAACGAGGAGAUUUUGAAGAAGAUUGGAGAAAUUGGUGUGAGUCUCGAGGUGUUCGAGUCGGAGAAUGCGGUGCUUCGAGCGAUGAAGAAUUCGCUCGAAACGCGAUUAGUGUCGCUUGAAUCAGUUAUAGAGAUUGUGAAGGUUGUCAGAGGAGGAUCAACUUCGUCGUCGUCGUCAGCAGCAGGUGGUGGAUUUAACGACGAUGGAGUUGAUAAUAAUAAUAAAAAUAGUUCUGAUCCAAUGAUGAAGCCUUGGCAGUUGCCUUGUCCUUCUAUGCCAAUUACUAUUCAUUCCUUUAAGGAUUACAAUUUUUAAGGGUAGCUUUGGUAUUUCAGUUGUUGUACCAGUUGUUAUAAUUUUAUGGGGUUUAAGGGUCUUUUUAGUUUUUUUUUUUUUAUUUUAAAACAUUCUGUGUUGUAACUUGUAAGGUCAUGAAGUCAUGAACCGUUAUGUUUAAAUUUUAAUGUAUUUCUCUAGUCGUAGUUUUAUAUUUUUAAAGAGAAAAGUUUGUUGACCCUUAAGUGACUUUGACUCAGAUUUAUACAACUUCGUAUAUUUUACUCUGUA